CAUAGAAUUAGAAACCUUCAUCUAAACGUUCUUCUUUUGUUCCUCCUAAAUCAUCAUGGAGUUUCACAACCCUUUCACUAAUAUUACCUUUAUUGCUUCUUUUGUCUUUAUCUUGAUGAUAUUCAAAAUAUUUAAAAGAUGGAGUUCUAAAAGUUCCACUACCAAUUUACCACCAGGACCAUGGACCCUACCCCUUAUAGGAAACAUAUAUCAAAUUAUCAGCAACUCACUUCCACAUCAUUGCUUCAAAAAUUUGGCAGAGAAAUAUGGACCUUUAAUGCACCUUAAACUAGGAGAGAUUUCACAUGUAAUAGUUAGUUCACCUGAAAUGGCCAAAGAGGUUAUGAAAACACAUGACUUCACCUUUUGUGAUAGACCAUCAUUGCUUUUGCUUUCGAUACUUACUUACAAUGGUUCAGACAUUGCCUUCUCUAAGUAUGGAGAAAAGUGGAGGCAACUUCGAAAGAUGAUUGUUGUUGAGCUAUUAAAUGCAAAGCGUGUUCAAUCAUUUAGGUCCAUAAGAGAAGAAGAGGUGUCAGAUCUUGUUAAAUCAAUAUAUGAAUCUGAAGGCUCAGUUGUUAAUCUCACUAAAAUGAUUUACUCAAUGACAUAUGGAAUAACUGGGCGAGCAGCUUUUGGAAAAAAGAACCAACAACAACAAGUUUUCAUAUCAGCUUUUGAGAAAAUAUUGAUCAUAUUGGGAGGAUUUUGUAUUGCUGAUCUUUUUCCUUCUAUAAAAAUAUUGCUUGAAAGGGUGAGUAGUACAAAGACUAAAUUUGAAAAACUUUGUAGAGAGACUGAUGGAAUAUUGCAAGACAUCAUCAAUGAUCACAAAAACAGUGACAAAGAAGCAAGGGAUGAAGAUCUAGUAGAUGUUCUUCUCAAGCUUCAACAAGAAAAUAAACACUCGGAAAAUCCAUUGACUGAUGACAAUAUUAAAUCAGUCAUCCAGGAUUUGUUCGCUGCUGGUAGCGAAACAUCAUCAAGUACUGUGUUAUGGGGAAUGUCUGAGAUGGUAAAGAAUCCAAAGGUGAUGGAAGAAGCACAAGCUGAGGUAAGAAGAGUGUAUGGUAGCAAGGGGUAUGUGGAUGAGACAGAGUUGAACCAAUUGAUAUACUUAAAGUCAGUCAUCAAAGAAACGUUGAGGUUGCAUCCACCUAUACCAUUGUUAGUUCCAAGAGAAAGUAGAGAGAAAUGUCAAAUAAAUGGAUAUGAUAUCCCAGCCAAAACAAUAGUUGCUGUUAAUGUUUGGGCAAUUGGAAGAGAUCCAAGGUAUUGGGUUGAAGCUGAGAGUUUUAAACCUGAAAGGUUUGAGAAUAGUCUAGUAGAUUUUAGAGGCACAGAUUUUGAAUUGUUACCAUUUGGUGCUGGAAGGAGGGUGUGUCCAGGCAUUAUCUUUGCCAUACCUAACAUUGAGUUACCUCUUGCUCAGUUACUUUACCAUUUUGAUUGGAAGCUUCCCAAUGGAUUGAAGAAUGAAGAACUGAAUAUGACUGAGCAAUUUGGUAUUACUGUAGGAAGAAAACAUGACCUAUGUUUGAUUCCUAUUCCUCGACGUGCUUGAUAUGUAUUGCAUAAACAAACAAGUUCACAAAAUAAUUAAUAAUACUUCACCACUUAGCCAUUGAUGUUCCUAAUAGACAAGUGAGAAAGAUAGCAAAUAAUAUUCAUUUCUCCCAUCAAGGAGAACGUUGUACCUUAUAAAAUUUAUAUCGGCAAUCAUUUAAAAUCAUAAUUUUUAAAUGUUAUUUUUAAUUUGUGUGUAAUAUUUUAACCACAAGCAUUAAA